AUGCCCAACUCGUCCGCCCCGAAUCGCAGAAGCAACCCUACAAUACGGUCCCCGAUACUAGCCGCUUUUCGCAGCCCGCGAGCACGAUCCUCGACAGAAUACCAACUCCAAGAGCUUGAGCCAAAGCCAGAAUAUCCCGAGAUGUCGCGAGAAUAUAGCUACGAUGAGCGCCGGCAUCUUGGGCCGGCUUUCCGAGACGAUUCCACUGAUGGCUGGAGUAACUAUGCAUCUAGCUCGCCUGGCUCACCUUCCGCACCCAAAAGGCGAGCCAUGUUCCACGGACCACCUCCCCCGAUUGCUGGUUCGGUCUUGGAAAGCAAUCAAUCACGGGGGAGCUCCGACGCUGGCCGAUCUCGAGGCAUAGUCGCCGCCAGCACUGCCCAAUUAGGCAGCCUGCUAUUCCAGCCAUCUCGGCAGCAGAGCCGAAUACGCCCAGAUUCCGCAUGGCGUGCCUUUAAUCGGAGGGAACGCGCCAUCGAGCAAGAUAUACAGCAGUUGUUGGAUCUCCAAGCUACGGGGCUAGUAGCCGGCAGCGGCAGAUUGCCCGAUGAUGAAGAGGACUUUAGUGGUACAGGUAGCAGCACGCCUACCGGAGCCCUCAACUCAACGGCGGCGUCAAAGUCAAGAAUGCUCAAUUCUCUGCAUAUGCCGGCCCGCUCGAAUAAAGACGGCAACGUCAUACCAGUACGGCAACCAACCGGUGGUAAGCCCCUGGGUCUCAGAUCGGCCAGAGCCGGCUUGCGCAAAGCCAUGGCAGCCCUGGUGGAACUUAAGCGAGAAGAGGACGCACAUGUCGAUGCAGCACUAUCGGAGCGCAAAAAUGCUCUCAUUCUUCUGUCGCGUUUAUCGGUGAAGCGAACUGGCAUCAGCAGUGAGCUCCAUGACCUUGAAGAAGAUGACGAAGAACCGUUGAGCAAGGAGAUUCGAGAUUUAGGGUCAAAAUACGAAUCUCUAACACAGGAAAUCAGACAGCUAGAAGAGAAGCUCAUGGCAAUGCGAAAUCAGCGCAAAUUUGUCAGAGAAAGGAUUGAAGAUGCGCAAAACCGACGUGAUGCUGGCCUUAGUGGUUAUCGUGGUGCACUCAAAGAUAUCGAUGCUGAGCUGCAAUCAAUAAUGAUGCAUCCGCCCAUCCAGCCGCUCGACCUAGAAGUUUUCUCUUUGCCGGACUCUGUCAGUGACACUGGCGGAAGUCCCGGCGGCAUGGAAUUCAUGCGACUCAUUCCCGAACGGCGAACGCCCGCCAUGGCCAAAUCCUGGUGGGAGAAGGAGGUAGCUUUACUCGAUAGGCGCAGAAAACAGAUCAGCAAAGAAAGGCGGGCAUUGGAGGACGGCAGUAUCGCGUGGCGUGAGGUGACGACACUCGUGACGAGCUUCGAAUCAAGUUUGCGGCACCUUAUGAAGACGGGGGCGCCACAAGCCCCGCCAUCCACAAAGGGCAAAGAAAAAGUGCCUUCGCAAGAGAGCCUCAUCCAAGAACAGUUGGCAAAGAUGGACGAGGUUGUCACACAGUUGGAACGAUGUUUGAACAAGGCCGAAUCCGAAGGCUGGAACUUGCUGGUGUGUGCCGUGGGAGCAGAGCUGGAGGCGUUUCGUGAAGCUCAGAAUAUGCUAAAGACCUUCUUCGAGGGGGACGCUCCAUCGGAACCAAACACGAUGCAGAGCGAACAAGGCCAAGAGCCGCAGCCUGCACGUCAAAUUGUGGAUGAGAGCGACAAUGAAGUCCCACCAGAUUUACUUGGAUCAACUGAUGAUGCAUCAUCCAAAGAGGAAAAGACUGGAGUCAUUGAUGGGAGCGAAGCCACGACAGAUUCUAAACGAAUUGACAGUGAAAAUGAUGUGCCGCCCGAAUUUUUGGCGGAGCUAGGAAAGGAGCAUUAG